GGCAUUUCGUUUCAUUACGUUUCCUUCAAGAACAGAGGAACCCUUGCCAAGGCCUGACAGCUCUGCUCUGCUCACGUGACCUGGAAUGCCUCUGGGAAUCAUUUCUGCAAAUACAGCUGAAUAGUGGUUAAACCUCGCCUUGCAGGGGUAUAUCAGUUAACACGCAGCUGUUGUUGAUAACACCCCGCGGGGGGCCCCCAGCCCCAGUGCUGAGUUUUAAGUCUCAGUGCAGCAGUUUUCUUUCCCUCUUCUCUCUUUGUUUAUCUGCCCAUUUUGAAGUUCAAUUUUCCGUUGAUGAAUGGAUCAGUUCAAUCCUAAAGUUGCCGAGAAAGAUAGGAGGGCCUUGGCAGCCUCUUUGUUUCCGAUUGCUACCUCUUUUAAACAGGAAAAGGAGCCCAAUCUAGACAACAAUGAAGACUGCUUAUUGACAAAGGAAGAGGGCAAAGUCCGGCCUGGCAAACACAGUAUGGAAGACAAGGGGCUGCUGACUCUACAACAAGAUAGUGGGAUUCCAUACAACACAAAAAAAGCAACAGCCUGGGGAGUCAGAGUUUGGGACGAAUGGGGCAAAACUCGCAACAGCUACAUUAUGGAGCAAGGAGUCCAGCGAAAUGAACUCUUCCUCUAUGUGCCCGAACUCUGCUAUGAAAUCACCCAUGAUGAACUUAAUUUCUGGUUGUGCAAGUUUGUGCUUGAAGUACGGAGGCAAGAUGGUUCAGAAUACCCUCCCAACUCUCUCCGUCUCCUAUGCUGCUCGAUCCUUAGACACCUGCGCGAGAACUGCAGGCGGUCGGAUAUUGAUUUCUUCAACAAGCUGAAGCCAGACUUUGCCGAGUUCCGAGCCACCCUUGAUAAUCGGAUGAAGCAGCUACAGCGAUUAGGCAUUGGGCUAAUAAGGAAGCAGGCCCAGCCAUACACGGAGGAUGAUGAAGAGAGGCUAUGGCAAGUGGUCUUUCACCUCCGUGAUUCAAAAAGCUACAGUUAUGCUGCCUACUUCUACGUCUGCAAAGUCUUUGCCCUGUGUGCAGCUAAGGACCACCAUAAACUAACAGUUGAUCAGUUCAAAUUUGGCUGUGACAUGAUUAGUGAAUAUGUGGAGUUUACCGGCAGACCUAGUAAUCCUCAGGAUAGUCUUGACAAGCUGAAAAUUGUCCAAACAAGACAAUAUGCCGAUUCCCCAAACCCAAGAUGUAUUGUUUCUCUGCUGCGUCGCUACCUCAGUAUGAUUCCUCGUGAAGGGCCAUUCUACCGCCGUCCCAUGCCGGGUACUAUGCAAUUCUCAGAACAGGUAAUAGGAGUUCACACUUUGGAAAGAUAUUCCAAAGAGAUAUGUGAAGCAGCGGGAAUUUCAGGACACCACACAGGGCAUUCCGGAAGGGUCAGCAGUGCAACAACCCUGUACAAUCGAGGCUUUGAUGAGCAGUCGAUUAAGGAACGGACAGGGCCUACAGCUAGUGUGGCAAAGGGCUACAGGAGACCCUCUCCUGCUCAAAUGAAGGCCAUGUCAGACUGUCUGCAACCUCCCAAUCCUCUCAAAAAGAUUUCAGCAAGUUCACCUUCAUCAUCUACAUCAUCUGAAGACCACAGUUCUUAUCAGGAUGAAGGCCCAAGCAACAUCAUCAUCUCUGAAGAUGGAAUCAAUCACCCACAAGAAACUACAACCAUACUGAGCAGGCCUGAGGUGACAAUCACAGAACAGGAUGGUGUACUAAAAAUUGAAAUACCAUCUCGGACUCCCCCAUCAGUGCCCUUAUCUUCACUUCAUACCAUUACAAAGUUAAAAAUUGUAAAAGGGGAAAUUGUAUUAGAACUAAAUUUGUAAGAGCUAAUUUAUUAACUGUAAAUCUAUGUUCACCAGUGUUCAUUUUAGUUUACAUGCUGUAACACUGCUCUUCACUGUUUCUGCCAAAGUGUGAUUGGAUAAAUACUAAGUAUAUUGUGAAGUACAAUCUGCGAAUCAAAGUGCCACAAUACUGGUGACUAGUACAUAUAAGCUUGUUCUAUUAUCCUCCUGUUAGUCACUGAUACCAGGCACCAAGAAUACGUGUGGCUUUAUGUAUUUCUCUUGUAUUGCUGAAGCUGGUGACUCUUGUGUACAGGUCCAGUAACCAGUCAGGUAAUCUCCACAAGAAUGAACAAUGAGUGCUGGCAAGCUAUACAAACAAGAAGGGUACGUUUCCACAGCUGAUUACAAUUCUCUCGUCAUAUGACAAACAAAUUUUCCUUCUAGUGAGAGUGAGUGAAUAGUUUAGUUGAUAAUAAUCAACUAAAGGUUUCCAUUCCACAGGCUAACGGUGUUAAAAUUGUCUCAACUGCUACCCCAGAUGAGCUCAAUUAAGUUAAUAAUAAUGGAGAACAAACAAAUCUUUGUUGGUUACAAAUCUCAAUGGUAUAGCAAAGUUACUGAGAACCUGAGAGCUACAUGCCUGUAUAUACAGUGGCAUGCAAAAGUUUGGGCACCCCAGUCAAAGUUUCUGUUACUGCGAAUAGCUAAGCGAGUAAAAGAUGACCUGAUUUCCGAAAGGCAUAAAGUUAAAGAUGACACAUUUCUUUAACAUUUUAAGAUUACUUUUUUAUUUCCAUCUUUUACAGUUUCAAAAUAACAAAAAAGGAAAACGGCCCGAAGCGAAAGUUUGGGCACCCUGCAUGGUCAGUACUUAGUAACACCCCCUUUGGCAAGUAUCAUAGCUUGUAAACGCUUUCUGUAGCCAGCUAAGAGUCUUUCAGUUCUUGUUAGGGGGAUUUUCACCCAUUCUUCCUUGCAAAAGGCUUCUAGUUCUGUGAGAUUCUUGGGCCGUCUUGCAUGUACUGCUAUUUUGAGGUCUAUCCACAGAUUCUCAAUGAAGUUUAGGUCGGGAGACUGUGAGGGCCAUGGCAAAACCUUCAGCUUGUGCCUCUUGAGGUAGUCCAUUGUGGAUUUUGAGGUGUGUUUAGGAUCAUUAUCCUGUUGUAGAAGCCAUCCUCUUUUCAUCUUCAGCUUUUUUACAGACGGCAUGAUGUUUGCUUCCAGAAUUUGAUGGUAUUUAAUUGAAUUUAUUCUUCCCUCUACCAGUGAAAUGUUCCCCGUGCCACUGGCUGCAACACAAGCCCGAAUCAUGAUUGAUCCACCCCCGUGCUUAACAGUUGGAGAGGUAUUCUUUUUAUAAAAUUCUGCACCCUUUUUUCUCCAGGACUUGUUUCCAAAAUGCAUCAACCUUGUUUAGAUGUUCCUUUGCAAAUCUCUGACGCUGAAUUUUGUGAUGAGGACGCAGGAAAGGUUUUCUUCUGAUGACUCUUCUAUGAAGGUCAUAUUUGUGCAGGUGUCACUGCACAGUAGAACAGUGCACCACCACUCCAGAGUCUGCUAAAUCUUCCUGAAGGUCUUUUGCAGUCAAACGGGGGUUUUGACUUGCCUUUCUAACAAUCCUACGAGCAGUUCUCUUGGAAAGUUUUCUUGGUCUUCCAGACCUCAACUUGACCUCCACCGUUCCUGUUAACUGCCAUUUCUUAAUUACAUUACAAACUGAGGAAACGGUUACUUGAAAACACUUUGCUAUCUUCUUAUAGCUUUCUUCCUGCUUUGUGGGCAUCAUUUAUUUUAAUUUUCAGAGUGCUAGGUAACUGCUUAGAGGAGCCCAUGGCUGCUGAUUGUUGGGACAAGGUUUGAGGAGUCAGGGUAUUUAUAAAGCUUUGAAAUUUGCAUCACCUGGCCUUUCCCAACGAUGACUGUGAACAAGCCAUAGCCCUAACAAGCUAAUUAAGGUCUGAGACCUCGGUACAAGUUAUCUGAGAGCUCAAAUCUCUUGGGGUGCCCAAACCUUUGCAUGGUGCUCCUUUCCUUUUUUUCAAUCUAAAAUUGUACAAAACAAAAAUAAUACACUAAUCUUGCUUAAAAUGUUGAACAGAAUGUUUCAUCUUUAACUUUAUGAUUUUUGGAGAUCAGUUCAUCUUCUACUCACUUAACUAUUCACAACAACAAAAAUUUUGACCAGGGGUGCCCAAACUUUUGCAUGCCACUGUACACUACUGCUAAUCAACUUACAGCUCACAUUCAUCACCCAGUUUGAGCUUUGACCGUCAUGGCCCACACACUCCUGUUUCGGGUCAAGUGGAUCAAUUCAUUGGUAUUCAUUUCCAGUUCUCUGGCUGCUGUCUCCAUCAUCAUUUGUCUUUACCUUCCUUUUGCUUUCUUCCCUUCAAUCUUUCCCAUAAUUACAGUGCAUGAUAACUCCUCUUUCCUAAUCACAUGUCCAAUGAAGUUACGUUGCCUUUUCAUGAUCUCAUACAUUAUUUCUCUUUUUGUGCUUGCUCUGUUCAUGACAUCCUCAUUAGAUAUUCAUUUCGUCCAUGAUAUUCUUUGCAUCCUCCUCAAAAACCAUGUCUCUGCUGCUUCAAUUCAUUUCCUCAUGUUACUAGAUAUUGUCCAACAUUCUGAUCCAUAUAACAUAACUGGAUAAACGUAACAUUUCAGUACUCUGAGGCGGGUUGUCAUACCUAGUUUAGUGUUGGUCAGUAUACUCUUCAUUCUCGUAAAGGUGGCUUUUGGAACUUUUGUUACUUAGGAAGCUGGGUGACAUCAGAUGGCAGGUGCGACAUGGACAUGAAAAGAAUAGGGAUGGCAAAAGACACCUUUACAGCUCACAUUAAGUCAUUCAAAUAUUAGUAUGAACAGUAAGAUACCUACAUUAAAACUGUGUUUAAUUCUGGCUCAUCACCAGCACUACUGGGAUUGUAUAUCGGACUUGGUCUGAACCUCAUCAAAAUACUUUCAAUUUUGAAUCCUAAACUUAAAGCUAGCCCUGGUCUUCUUGGUCAUUAAGCUCUACCAGAAAUUGAUCUGAACAAUUCCAACCCUGUUUUGCUGGGCACAACAAAAUAUUGCCAAUUCAGCACUACAUUAUCAAUUUCACUCACUGAGUGAAAAUAAAAUAAACAAGUCCACACUAAGUCAAUAAUAAUUAUUUGUGCAGAAUGAAAAAAGCUAAAAUCUUUGAAUCUACCAAUGGACAUUUUUUAAAUGGGAGAGUACAGAAAUGGUUUUGUUCUACUUGUCCUUGGAGCAUUUGAUGAGACAUUAGGGAAAUUUAUUCCACGGUUACCCUUUGCUGUACCCGUCUUUGGUAUAUUCGAUAUUGUUUCCUUUGCCUAAUGAAGAUCAAUGUGAAAUUGAAGUUCAAUAAAUUUGUGCCACAAAACUGAAAGAACAGACUUUAUAUAGUGUUUUAACACAUCAAAAAGCUGCAUGUGAAAUGAAAAGAUUAAUUUGAACCAUGAUGAAUGGACACUAUCUUGUGUUUGAAAACAAUAAAUGAAUUUGGAGAUCUAGGAUUUGGAGGAUUAUGUAUAGUCAUAAUAAAUGAAAGGAGGCCUAUACAAGCUCACCAAGAAAUUAGUAUUCAUGGUGGCGAGGUAUUUAAGUAAGAAGGAUAUGAGGCGGGAAGAGAGUUGGUGUCACUAGUAAUCAACAAUACCAUUUCUCAGAGAGAAAAUACACUUCAUGGUUUAAAGACAAAAUAUUGUUGAUUAAGAAACAAAGAAAGAUCAAGAAAAUUUGU